UCACUAACCAGGCGGUCGAUCCACGUUUAGUUGCUGAUAGGGUAGAAGAAGAAACAGAUGUUGUGAUAAUUGGUGCUGGUCCUGCAGGCUUAUCAGCUGCCAUUCGCCUGAAGCAACUCGCAAAUCGCGAAGGAAAGGAGAUCAGGCCACGAGCUCUUAACGAACUUAUUCCUGACUGGAAAGACCGAAAUGCUCCUCUUAAUCAACCGGCACUUAAAGAUUCUUUGCGAUUAUUGACUGAGAAAAGUUCAUACCCUCUUCCUCAUUUAUCUCAGAUGUCUAACAAGGGCAAUUACAUAAUCAGCUUGAAUAAUUUUGUGAAAUGGUUGGGUAAACAAGCUGAAGACGCCGACGUUUUGUACAACGAUGACGGUAGUGUAUGUGGCAUCGCUACAAAUGACAUGGGCCUUGAUAAAAAUUUUAAACCAAAGGAUAAUUUCGAGCGUGGUAUGAAAUUCAAAGCCAAGGUUACUCUUUUUGCCGAGGGAUGUCAUGGGUCGCUUACCAAGACGUUGAUAAGAAAAUUCAAUCUUCGUGAAUGCCGACAACCUCAAACGUACGGGAUUGGUAUUAAAGAAGUAUGGGAGAUUGCUCCAGAAAAACGCAUACCUGGGUUGGUUUUCCAUUCACUGGGAUAUCCAUUGGAUUUCAAAACAUACGGGGGUGGCUUCAUGUACCACAUGGAAGAUAACAUUGUGCAAAUAGGGCUUGUAGUGGCUUUAGAUUAUAAAAAUCCAUAUCUAAACCCAUAUAAAGAAUUCCAGAAAUUUCUAGAAGGAGGUAAAUGCAUUGCAUAUGGUGCACGAGCACUUAAUGAAGGUGGAUAUCAGUCAAUCCCUAAACUGAUAUUCCCUGGCGGAGCUCUUAUUGGCUGCACUGCUGGAUUUAUGAACGUUCCUAAAAUCAAGGGAACGCACACUGCAAUGAAAUCUGGAAUGCUUGCCGCAGAGGCAGCAUAUGACGCUAUUACAUCUAACAAAUCCGAGUCUGGACCUAUAACCCUUACUGCUUAUGAAAAUUCUAUUGAAGAUUCAUGGGUGUAUAAAGAAUUAUACAAAAUUAGGAACAUUAGACCGUCAUUCAAUAGUCCAUUAGGAUUGUGGGGAUGUCUCUUAUAUUCUGGCUUCGACAUGAUGUUUUUAAAGGGCCGUAUCCCAUGGACAUUCAAACAUCAUUCGGAUUAUGCUUCUCUGAAGCCUGCCAAAGAAUGCAAACCGAUAGAAUAUCCUAAAUCAGACGGUAUGAUAUCGUUUGACCUUCUUGAAAGUGUUUCUCGAAGUGGAACAAAUCAUGCCGAAAAUCAACCAGUACAUUUAAGGGUAAGAGAUAUGAAUAUACCAGUUGAACGAAAUUUAAAAAUAUUCGGUGGUCCGGAAUCAAGAUUCUGUCCAGCUGGUGUUUAUGAAUUUGUCGAUGAUGAAACUAAUCCGGGUGAAAAGCGCCUGCAAAUUAAUUCGCAAAAUUGUGUGCAUUGUAAAACAUGUGACAUUAAAGACGUUUCUCAAAAUAUUGACUGGGUUACGCCUGAAGGUGGCGAUGGUCCAAAAUACACUCUUACCUAA